AUAAUACAGAUCCUGUCACUGAAGGAAACUCACUGGUUGAUCUCUUCCACCAAGACAGCUCAAGCAGAAGGAAGAGCAUGGAUAGUAGACAUAGAACAAUUUUCAAAAAUAGUCAGCUACAUGAACUGGAGAAGGCUUUCAAAACGUCGCACUACCCAGACACACAUGCUCGGCAGGAACUUUCUACGAGGAUCAGUCUACCAGAGGAUAGAAUACAGUAA